AUGGUAUGCGGUUCCUACGCCGCUACCGCCAAUGUAUUGUUUCCAGAUCAACGUGAAUUGGUCUUGAAUGAUAGAUUACCUUACCAAAUUUGCUGUGGCGUCAAAUUUCCACCAAUGGAUCCAACGAUGAAAUCAGUUGACAAUUCCUCUACGACUAUGAAACUGAGCAAAAACAUCUCAACUGUUCUCGAACAGUUGCUACAAAACUAUGAUAAUCGUCAGAGACCAGAUCAUGGAGGUUCUCCAACUAUUGUGACCACAAACUUUUUGAUAAGAAGCAUGGGACCUAUUUCUGAACUAGACAUGGAAUAUUCGAUGGAUUGCUAUUUUCGACAAAAAUGGACUGACAGACGUUUAAUGUUUGAUGCACCAAUCCCUAGCCUCAGUCUUAACAUCAAGAUGUUAGAGGGCAUAUGGAAGCCGGAUACUUACUUUCAUAAUGGAAAAGGAUCUUACUUGCAUACAAUUACCCUUCCGAAUAAACUACUAAGGAUUUUUCAAGAUGGCCAAGUUUUAUAUUCCAUGAGAUUAACUAUCAAAGCAACUUGUCCGAUGCUUUUGCAAAAUUUCCCCAUGGAUAAACAGUCUUGUCCUUUGGUUUUCGGAAGCUAUGGUUACACUGAAGACCAUCUCAGAUACCAAUGGGAAUCUCAUGAUGCUGUUAGUCUGAAUGAAGGUCUAGUUCUGUCUCAGUAUGAUUUAAUUGAUUUCCCAAUAAAAAAUGCAACCAUCUCAGCUAAUUCAGGAAUGUUUUCUGUUCUUCAAGUGAACUUCAAUCUUAGAAGACACAUGGGAUACUUUCUUAUCCAAGUAUACGUUCCUUGUAUUCUUAUUGUUGUAUUAUCCUGGGUUUCAUUUUGGAUCAAUAGAGAAGCCACAGCUGAUCGAGUGGGUCUUGGAAUUACUACUGUACUUACGCUGUCCACUUUUGGACUUGACACUAAAACAGAUCUUCCGAAAGUGUCUUACCCAACAGCUUUGGACUGGUUUGUCAUCAUGUGCUUUACAUUCGUAAUUGCGACCCUUCUGGAAUUCGCUGGAGUACACUAUUUUACUAAAAUAGGCAGCGGAGAAUUCCCGUGCAUCGAAUCUGGAGUAGAGUCUGACACUGAUGAUGGAUUUUCAAGUUCAAGAGUAAUUGGUCCAAGAACAGUAAGCGGUCGAGAUAUUGUGUUGUAUCCAAGCCCACUUUUGAAAUCAGCCAAGAGGAAACGAUCAUCAGGCCGUUUACCAAGCUGCCGGGAUAUGCGAAUAUGUUGCGUUCAAUUUUGGAAUUGCAUAAUGGCCAGCGAAUCAUACAAAGCAUGCAUGCGUCGUAGAGUGGCCGGACGACCAGAUGCAGUUAAUAGUGUCAGCAAAAUAGAUGAAAUUUCACGCAUUCUCUUUCCCUGUUGUUUUGCUGCUCUAAAUUUAUUUUACUGGUUUCUUUAUGCCAGUAAACAUCAGUCAUCAUUUUGGGAAAAUACAUAA